CUUGACCUCAGACAGGCAUGCAGAAGCGCAUGAUUGACGAUACGGAUCGACGAAUGACCCAAUUGUUGCAAAAGGUUGACGACCAUGAACUCAACAGCGACGUACUUCAUCAAUUAUGCCAGCUUUGUCAAGCUAUGGAAAAGGGCGAUUUCACAGAAGCCUUGGAUAUGCAUGUUAAGCUCAUGACAAAGGCGUACGACGACCAUGGUCAAUGGAUACUUGGUUUAAAGCGACUAAUAGAUUUAGAUGAAAAGACCACCAAAUAGAUAUAAAAUUUAAAAUAAUAAAUAACUUAAUGACCACAGAAAA